AUGGCUGCGUUGAUGAUGGUUAGAGAUAUAAAACCACGUAACGACGGGAACGAAGAACAUGAACAACAGGAUACUGGUCGGGUUAUUCGAGACAUUAAAAACGUGUAUCCUGAAGUUAUUGAUUUAUUUAGAGGAGUUAAUGAUUCAAUUUCAAAACAUUCUAUAACCCUCGAUGAAGAGAAUAAAUUAACAGAUUAUAUAUUCGUCAUUAUUGCAGAAUUAAUGAAGAGAAUAAAUGAAAAAGGAAUUGGUGAUAUCAUUAAUGUCAGCGAUGUAAUGAUGAAAAGAAAUUUUGACUCAUUAUUUACAAAACCAAAAACAGAAUAUAGUCUUUAUGACGUAAUUACCGAAUUAAUGAAAAAGAUUAAUGAUAAUAAGAGUUCUGGCGGGAGAGUUGAAUUAGAAGUGAAUGAUGUUAAUGAGAAAUUAGCCGAAAAAGCAGACAAAAAUGAGCUUUUAGCUCUGGGUGAUAAAGUCAAGAACCACGUUCAUUAUAUAACUUCAGACGAACAGAUUAUAACGAACUACCAUGGAUAUUUAACACGAUGUGAUGAAGCGAAGACAAAAAAUGUUAAUGAAAGAAGAUAUAAAUACAUUCGUGCUAAAGGUUAUGACAUAAGCUGUAUUGUACAGUAUGAUGUAGCUAAAGCACCAGAAGCAUUUGGUUAUACCGGUGAAAUUUAUGCCUCUACUUUCAAUGUUAACGGUGUAUUAGUUGAACCAAGAUUUAUGUUAAGAGUUAAGUCAAAAAUAAUUUUUGAAGAUGCUAUUAAAAAUAAAGCGGACAAAAAUGAACUUGACGCAAUGAACAAAGUUUUGAAAUCUCAUAAACACAACAUCUCCGAUAUAAAUGAACUUCAAGCUACAUUAGACAGUAAAGCCGACAAGAACCAUACACAUAAAUCCUUCACUACUGUUAGAGCAGACGACAUAAUAUUGAACUAUACCCUUGGUUCAAGUGCACCUUUAGAGAAUCCAAGUACAAGCGUAAAAGAUACACUAAACAAUUUAGAUAACAGUUGCAGGAAUAUUGAAGGUCAUGCCAGAAACUUUGAAGCACAUGAACUACCAGCAAUGUUAGAUAAGAAAGCCGACAAAACUUAUGUAGAUGAAAAUUAUGCAAAGAAGUCGGAAGUAAAUGCUGCGCUUAAUGGAAAAGCCGAUAAAGAGCACGUGCAUGAAGAAUUUCAAACAAUCAAGAUUAAAGAAAUUAAGGCAUGCAUCGAAAUAGUAACAAAAACAGGAAGAGACGGUGCAACUGUACAAGAACAAAGAAUUUAUCCUCCUACUUUUCCUAAUGGUUUAAUAACAAACAAUAUAAAUAUUGUAGAAGGCAAUAAAACUAUAAACGUUAAACAUGAACUUCUAACAAUGAAGGCCCAGAUUCUUGAAACCAUAUAUCCUAUAGGCUCUAUUUAUACGUCAAUGAACUCAACAAAUCCGGCAAGUGUUUUAGGUUUUGGUACGUGGGAACAGAUUGUAGAUAAAUUCCUCUAUUGUGCGAACUCUUCAAAGCAAACAGGUGGUUCGAAGAAAAUUAAAGAAGCAAACUUACCCCCGCACACUCAUACAGGAACUACAAACUUUUCUGGCGACCAUAGCCACUCAUUAAGAGACCACCCAUUAUACAACUCAGAAUAUGAAGCUGGCUAUGAUAUUUUAUCUCCAGAUUAUAACCAUUCAGCAAAAAAGACUUUUCGACCAACUGAACCAGGAGGAAAUCAUGUCCAUACUUUCACAACAAAUCCAACAGGCUUGGGUAAAGAUUAUAUGCCACCAUUUGUGACUAUAUUCGCAUGGUACCGCGUUCAAUGA